AUGCCACCACCUUUGGACAACUCUGGAUUCAACUACUUUGUUGAGACACCCAGUGAUGAGUGGGAUACUCUAGCAUAUCACAAGGCUUGGCAAAUUCGCGGUUUCCCCAUGGUUAAAUCUACAUUGACAAGAUCAUUUGACAGACAAGUCAACUGGUUCUUAGAACAUGGUCUUCCUGCUGAGAAAAAGAAAGCUAAAUCUUUAAAGAAUCAAUUUAAGAUUGAUGCACAAGAAGGUGGCUGCAUCUUUGAUUUUUGGAAAAGAAUAAUGCAUAGCACUAAACUUGAUGACAUUGAAAUGAAGACUGCCCUCAAUAUUCGGAAGUUCCAGGCACAACAUCAUAUUACUGUUGCCAAUCGAAUGCUUACAGGGAAUGACUACAAUGUUGUUCAAGCUCAGAAGAAUGUUGUUAGUAUUAGUGGCAAGGAACAUAUUGAGAAUAUUCCCAAUUCAAGGUGA